AUGAGUCAUUCAUCAUCUCCAAAUAAUCGAGGUUCUAUAUUUGGAUGGGCAAAGAGUUUAAAAAGAGGUCACCUUACGUCAAACGAUUCUUUAAAUGAGAUUAGUGACGAUGAUUUAUCCAGAUCACCAACGAAGAGUUUGACAUUUCAACAACUCAACCAAAGAGCCACGUCCCCACAACGUCAACAUGCACAGCUUCAAACUCUUCCAACUACAAAUCAACCAGCAGGUCAGACCCAGCCUCAGCAAAUACUGUCCCAAGAACGGCAACAACCAACACACCAUCCAAUGCACUUUCUGCAUUCUCAACAAUCGAGUACCCCAGGUUUUGCAGCAUCGCCACCAAACACCAAUUCAGCAACCGAUUUUCUUCGACCUUUAUUGAAUCAUAAAUCUAGAUCAUCUAAUAAUAUAAGUAGAGUAAGAUCAAAUUCUUUAAAUCAAUCAGAGAGUAGUUUACGUCAACAUCGUGAUUCAUUUUUACAACAUAAUUCCCUUGUUGAUGAAAAUUCAAAAUACUUUGGUGUUCCAUUACAACAAGCAUUAGAAGAAGCGCAUGCAAAAAUAUCAAUAGUGGAAGAUACCACUGGAACAGAUCAAGAUCUGGCUCAAUAUGGUCAAAUACCUAUUGUCGUUGCUAAAUGUGGAAUAUUUCUAAAGAAGAAUGGAUUAACAGUUGAAGGUUUAUUUAGAGUUGGUGGUUCAUCAAAGCGUUUAAAAGAAUUGCAAACAAUUUUCAAUACUCCGCCUAGUUUCGGGAAAAAUUUAAAUUGGGAAGGAUAUAAUGUACAUGACGCUGCCUCCAUAUUAAGGAGAUAUUUAAAUGCAUUGCCUGAACCAUUAAUUCCAUUGGAUAUGUAUGAAACGUUUAGAAAUCCUUUGAGAGAAAGACCCAGAAUAAUAAAUUAUAUGAAAUAUAAGGCCGAAAAUCCUUCAAAAAUACUUGAAUCAACUUCUACAAUUACCACAGAAUGUCCAAAUGAGAUUUUGGAUUCAUCUCAAUUGCUAACUGAAGCAAAUAUUGGACGAUUGAAUAGUAGCGAGUCAAAGGAUGAAUCCAUAAAAAAACCCGCCUCCAUAUCUUCAUCAAAUAACCCAUCUUCUUCUGAUUUGACACAGUCACAGCAGCCACAGCAACAGCAACAACAACCACCAAAAGCCGAAGAAGAAGGUGAUAAAAAACCGAAGAAGAGAUCGAAAAACUAUAAAAAAUUAACUCAAGAUCUACAUUCUGCUAUUGAUGAAUAUAAAGUAUUGAUUACGACUUUACCAAUUGCCUCAAAACAAUUAUUAUUUUAUAUAUUGGAUUUAUUAGCAAUGGUACAAAAUCAUUCCGAUGAAAAUCUUAUGAGUUCUAGAAAUUUGGCAGCUAUUUUUCAACCAUCUAUUUUAUCACAUCCUAGUCAUGAUUUAGAUUUAGUUGAAUAUGCAUUAUCUCAAUUAGUGGUUGAGUUUUUGAUUCAAUAUGCUUACAAAUUAUUACCUAAACAAAAAUCCAAAUCAGAAGAGCAGUUGACUGCUUCAUCGUCUACAAGCCCAACUCAAGAAACAAGUGAAAAUAGUUCGAGACCUGAUCAAGAUAAACAAGAAAAAGAUCAAACCAAGGGGGACGAGGAACCUUCAGAAAUAAGCGAAUCAAAAGACAAAAAGGAAGAUACAGAGCAAAGCGAUACUAAUCAAGGCAACUCUUCGGUACCAGGUUUCAAACAUAAUGUAACAAGUUCAAUUCCAUUUGAUUCUGAAGAAGAUUUCGAAGUUUCUGAUGAAGGUCAUGAUAUCGGAUCUGAUUUUGAUGAAUUGCAUUUUCAACAAUUACAUAUAGAUAGUGGUACAACUUCGAUGCCAUCUCCCCCACCCCCUAUUAUUAUAUCCACUCCUACUUCAAUAAGUUAA